CAGAGAGUGGAAAAACAAAAGAAGGAAAAAGGAGGCAGGGAAAGUGUCACUUCUCUUUGUUUCUCUUUUUCUCCGGGAAAUCCGACACGCCAUGUCGCAAUAAUUCAAAGACACGUUCGCUCCACGCUCCCCCCCACCGUCAGAUCAGUCCUCCGCCCGCCCCCCAUCGGACCGCCACCACCUCCUCCUCCUCACUGCGGCGGCGCGUACUCACCCGCCGCCUCGCGAGCUCCCCCACCCUCCCCCGGUCGCCGGAAGUCCGAUCGUUCGACGACCCGCCCCUCGAUCUCCCGCUCCGUCGGUGGCCGAUGGAGUCGCACGACGGCGAGUGGUCGCUCAAGGAGCUGCAGAAGCUGGAGGGCCACGCCGAUAGGGUGUGGAGCGUAGCGUGGAACCCGGCCACCGGCGCGGCCGGCGUCCCCGCGAUGCUCGCCUCCUGCAGCGGCGACAAGACGGUCCGCGUCUGGGAGCAGAACCCCUCGUCUUCCUCGUGGUCCUGCAAGGCGGUUUUGGAUGAGACGCACACUAGGACUGUUAGGUCUUGUGCUUGGUCGCCUUCGGGGAAGUUAUUAGCCACUGGGAGCUUCGACGCCACCACUGCGAUUUGGGAAAAUGUUGGGGGUGAUUUCGAAUGUGUUUCUACAUUAGAGGGUCAUGAAAAUGAAGUCAAAAGCGUGUGUUGGAAUGCGUCAGGGUCCUUACUUGCGACAUGUGGCCGAGAUAGAUCUGUUUGGAUUUGGGAAGUGUUGCCAGGGAAUGAGUUUGAGUGUGCCUCAGUGUUGCAAGGACACACACAAGAUGUGAAGAUGGUCCAGUGGCACCCAACCAUGGAUAUACUCUUUUCUUGUAGCUAUGACAACACUAUUAAGAUUUGGGCAGAGGAUGGUGAUGAUGACUGGCAUUGUGUUCAAACCAUAAGUGAAGCUAAUGGUGGUCAUACAUCUACCGUUUGGGCUCUUUCCUUUAACACUGCUGGAGACAAAAUGGUUACGUGUAGUGAUGAUCUCACGAUAAAGAUAUGGGAGACAGACAGCAGAAAGAUGAUGUCUGGUGAUGGCUAUGCACCUUGGAGUCAUCUCUGCACUCUCUCUGGUUACCAUGAUCGAACCAUCUUUUCUGUUCAUUGGUCCAGGGAAGGAAUUAUCGCCACUGGGGCUGCAGAUGAUGCUAUCCGAUUUUUUGUUGAGAGUAAAGAUGGUUCAGUUGAUGGACCUUCACACAAAAUGAUUCUAAGAAAUGAAAAGGCCCAUGAUAUGGAUGUGAACUCAGUAAGGUGGAGCCCCGGUGAAAACCGCUUUCUUGCAUCUGCAAGUGACGACGGGAUGGUAAAAAUAUGGGAGCUUGUGCCUGUGAUUGGAUAGCUAUGUAUCACACUGUCGGUGAAUUUCCAUAGGUAUCAUGUCAUAGUUAUGUAAAAAGCUCUCCAAAAUGUUCAAACCUUAGAAGAAAUAUAUAGAGUUUCAUUUCAAAUGUCUCGCCUUGGGAUAAGAGAAUGCCGUUGAUCAGAUUUUACCCAAGUUUGGCCAGGGAGAAAAACAGAGAUGAGAAUGAAGAUGAGGAAAAUUUGUGCUUGUAGCCCAGCUGAAGGGAUGUCUUUGGGUGCACGGUUUCGGGGAGAAUUUUUCCCCCUGUUCUGCCAUUUGCUGGGUUCUCUUCUAGUUUGGCUGUGUAAACCAUACAUAUAUUCUGCAGUCAACAGACUAAUCAAAAUUUUGUGGGA